ACCAGAGCUGCAGGGCCCAAGCCGGGCUAAGUUCGUUGCCGGUGGCCUCUGCGGGUGCAACCACAAAGGCUAGUCCGAAGGAGUGGGGAGGCUCGCGUCGUCGAUGCUUCCUCUUCCAUUUCAGGUCGGCUCCCGUUACCUUCUCACCAUUCGCCGUUGCUAUCUUCCUGAGCGUUUGCAUGAGCUCUUUCGUGUGGGGAGGCUCCGGUGACCAUGUAGGGGGAAAAAGUGAGGAAGCUCCAGGUGCCUGGGACGAGGUCACCGCUGUUGGCACGCCGCCCCGGCUCCCCUCACAUCUCCAUUGCGGGCCGGUGGCCCAGUCAGCCCGGGUGGAAACUCCGGCCUGCAGUUGUGGCCUGGCAAGGAGCGCCACGAAAUCUCGCGCUGUUUCGCGAGAGUCUAAGUUGAAGGAACAUGGCGACGUCUAAUCUGUUAAAGAAUAAAGGUUCUCUUCAGUUUGAAGACAAAUGGGACUUCAUGCGUCCAAUUGUUUUGAAGCUUUUACGCCAGGAAUCUGUUACAAAACAGCAGUGGUUUGAUCUGUUUUCGGAUGUACAUGCAGUCUGUCUCUGGGAUGAUAAAGGCCCAGCAAAAAUUCAUCAGGCUUUAAAAGAAGAUAUUCUUGAGUUUAUUAAGCAAGCACAGGCACGAGUACUGAGCCAUCAAGAUGAUACAGCUUUGCUAAAAGCUUAUAUUGUUGAAUGGCGAAAAUUCUUUACACAGUGUGAUAUUUUACCGAAGCCUUUCUGUCAACUAGAGAUUACUUUAAUGGGUAAACAGGGCAGCAAUAAAAAAUCAAAUGUAGAAGACAGUAUUGUUCGAAAGCUCAUGCUUGAUACAUGGAAUGAGUCAAUCUUUUCAAAUAUAAAAAACAGACUUCAAGAUAGUGCAAUGAAGCUGGUACAUGCUGAAAGAUUAGGAGAAGCUUUUGAUUCUCAGCUUGUUAUUGGAGUAAGAGAAUCCUAUGUUAACCUUUGUUCUAAUCCAGAGGAUAAGCUUCAAAUUUAUAGGGACAAUUUUGAGAAGGCAUACUUGGAUUCAACAGAGAGAUUUUAUAGAACACAGGCACCCUCAUAUUUACAACAAAAUGGUGUACAGAAUUAUAUGAAAUAUGCAGAUGCUAAAUUAAAAGAAGAAGAAAAACGAGCCCUACGUUAUUUAGAAACAAGGCGAGAAUGUAACUCUGUUGAAGCACUCAUGGAAUGCUGUGUAAAUGCCCUGGUGACAUCCUUUAAAGAGACUAUCUUAGCAGAGUGCCAAGGCAUGAUCAAGCGAAAUGAAACUGAAAAAUUACAUUUGAUGUUUUCAUUAAUGGACAAAGUUCCUAAUGGGAUAGAGCCAAUGUUGAAAGACUUGGAGGAACAUAUCAUCAGUGCAGGCCUGGCAGAUAUGGUAGCAGCUGCUGAAACUAUUACUACUGACUCUGAGAAAUAUGUUGAGCAGUUACUUACACUGUUUAAUAGAUUUAGUAGACUUGUCAAAGAAGCUUUUCAAGAUGAUCCACGAUUUCUUACUGCAAGAGACAAGGCAUAUAAAGCAGUUGUUAAUGAUGCUACCAUAUUUAAACUUGAAUUACCUUUGAAGCAGAAAGGGGUGGGAUUAAAAACUCAGCCUGAAUCAAAAUGCCCUGAGCUGCUUGCCAAUUACUGUGACAUGUUGCUAAGAAAAACGCCAUUAAGCAAAAAACUAACCUCUGAAGAGAUUGAAGCAAAGCUUAAAGAAGUGCUCUUGGUACUUAAAUAUGUACAAAACAAAGACGUUUUUAUGAGAUAUCACAAAGCUCAUUUGACACGACGUCUUAUAUUAGACAUCUCUGCUGAUAGUGAAAUUGAAGAGAAUAUGGUAGAGUGGCUAAGAGAAGUUGGUAUGCCAGCAGAUUAUGUAAACAAGCUUGCUAGAAUGUUUCAGGACAUUAAAGUAUCUGAAGAUUUGAACCAAGCUUUUAAGGAAAUGCACAAAAAUAAUAAAUUGGCUUUACCAGCUGAUUCAGUUAAUAUAAAAAUUCUGAAUGCUGGUGCCUGGUCAAGAAGCUCUGAAAAAGUCUUUGUCUCACUUCCUACUGAACUGGAGGAUUUGAUACCCGAAGUAGAAGAAUUCUACAAAAAAAACCAUAGUGGUAGAAAAUUACAUUGGCAUCAUCUCAUGUCAAAUGGAAUUAUAACAUUUAAGAAUGAAGUAGGUCAAUAUGAUUUGGAGGUAACAACAUUUCAGCUGGCUGUAUUGUUUGCAUGGAACCAAAGACCCAGAGAGAAAAUCAGCUUUGAAAAUCUAAAACUUGCAACUGAACUCCCUGAUGCUGAGCUUAGAAGGACUUUAUGGUCUUUAGUAGCUUUUCCAAAGCUCAAACGGCAAGUUUUAUUGUAUGAACCUCAAGUCAACUCACCCAAAGACUUUACAGAAGGUACCCUCUUCUCAGUGAACCAGGAGUUCAGUUUAAUAAAAAAUGCAAAAGUUCAGAAAAGGGGUAAAAUCAACUUGAUUGGACGCUUGCAGCUCACUACAGAAAGGAUGAGAGAAGAAGAGAAUGAAGGAAUAGUUCAACUAAGAAUACUGAGAACCCAGGAAGCUAUCAUACAAAUAAUGAAGAUGAGAAAGAAAAUUAGUAAUGCUCAGCUGCAGACUGAAUUAGUAGAAAUUUUGAAAAACAUGUUCUUGCCACAAAAGAAAAUGAUAAAAGAGCAAAUAGAAUGGCUAAUAGAGCACAAAUACAUCAGAAGAGAUGAAUCUGAUAUCAACACUUUCAUAUAUAUGGCAUAAUUUUGAAUAUCAUGGACAAUAUUAAGAACCCAAAUUUUGGAGCGCUUGGGCAGAAAGUUCUUGCAGUUUGUGCUAGGGGAAGGUUUAUUUGGACUUUGAUUACAUAAAUAUUAAAAUCUCUGCCUUACCUAACAAAACAACUAUAUUUUGCCAAUCACAUUAGUUAGCAUGGUGGCAUUCCCUUCAUGUUGCACACUUUGUUUUAACAGCAUGCCGUUUUGUGGAGAAACUUGCAUUCAUGAAGAGCCCAUUAUGAACUUUUAAAAAUCUGAUUUAUACCCACCGGAAGAAAUACAGUUGGGAAGGGUGAAAGUGGGGUUCUUGUUGCUUUUUUUUUUUCUUUCUUUUUCUUUUUUUCCUCUCUUACAAAAAUGUACUUGCACAAGGAAGGAUCUUCAGAUGUUUGUGUGCUGAAAAAUGCUGUUAACGUUUGUUUUAAAAAAUGCAAUUAAAACUAGAAAUAGCACUCUUGGUUUCUUUUGAUCAAAAGAGUGAGCUGGUCUACACAACAUUGGGACAGGGCAGAUAUAGGUGAAAAGAUAAGUUUAUAAUAGUAUCAAAUUAUGUGUUCAAACACUGCUUCAGUAUAGCAACUGGAUUUUAGUGGUGACUUAAAAAUUGUAUUAAAUUUUUCCAACUAAAAAAUGUUGGCUUUCUUUAAGCAGGAGACUACUGUCUUAGUUGUUUAUUGUUAAAUGAUGAAGAGUUUUUUAAAUC